GGGACUACAUUUCCCAGGAUGCAAAGCCCGGCCUGGGAGCGCGUGGGGGCUGUGGCCGCAGGAAGGUGGCUGGAGCCGAGAGGACAGGCCCGGCGCGGGGGUCCCUGCAGAGCAGCACAGCCUCGGGGCGCUGUCCCCACUCCGGAUGCUGCCCUCCCGCCUCCUUCGCCAAGCCCUCCCUCGGCCAGCCCCCAGAUUUGGGUACUCAACAGCCGGUCCCGCCAUGGAGGAGAAGCCGGUGGAGUCAUCCAUUCGUGCCAAGCUCCUGCAAGCCCUGCAGCCAGUGCACCUGGAGGUGCACAACGAGAGCUCCAUGCACGCCGUGCCCCGGGGCUCCGAGACCCACUUCAAGGUGGUGAUCGCCAGCCAGCGCUUCGCCGGCCUGCCCCUGCUCCAGCGCCACCGGCUGGUGAAUGAGAUCCUCCAGGCUGAACUGGCCGGGCCCGUCCAUGCCCUCUCCAUCCAAGCCAAGACCCCCCAGCAGUGGGAGGAGAACCAGAGUGUGAGCCAGAGUCCGGGGUGCCUCGGGGGAUCCAAACACGACCCGCACAUGGCAACCAAACUGGGCACCCAGGGGUGACCCUGAGGGACAGCGAUGGGGGGCGGGGGUUUGGGUUAGCUCAACUCACUCCCCGGGGUGACCCUGACGCUCGCUUUGUGACCACAUCCAGAGCCUUGCAAAGCCGCCUAGCGCUGGAAGUGGAAACAUUCACAGGCUGAGGUUGCACCACCAAUGCUGGGAGUCCACCAGGGUCAGCCCCAGACUCUGCCUGCCUCCCGCACUUGGCCGCGGGUUAUUGGUUUUCCGGUUGGUUGUGUGAAAUAUCCCUGGCUCCGCUGCUAUCAUGGUAGCAGGAGGGUCCAGCUAGCGCACCAGGCUCCCGGUAGGCGCUAACGCACGUGUUCAUGAUAAUUGUGUCUGCAAAGCUGGGUGAGAUUUGCGAAGCCUGAUUUUUGAAUGGAGACUGGGUGCCUGAAAUCUCUCCAACGGCUUUAAAAAGCUCAGUGUCGUGAGUUUAUAGUGUGUGGGGGGGAAGCCCUUGUGUUGUCAAUAAAGCUCUCGGCUGAGCAAAGAA